AUGGAGGUACCCAGUGGCAGUGGCGGCAGCGACCCCAGCGGCGAUGGCGCUGGGGACAGUGCCCACCCGGACCCCGGGGCCCCCGGCGCCGCUGCGCCCAGUUCCGGUCCCGGACCGUGUGCGGCUGCCCGGGAGUCCGAGCGCCAGCUGCGCCUCCGCCUGUGCGUCCUCAACGAGAUCUUGGGCACCGAGAGGGACUACGUGGGCACCUUGCGCUUCUUGCAGUCGGCGUUCCUGCAUCGCAUCCGGCAGAAUGUGGCAGACUUGGUGGAGAAGGGCCUCACAGAGGAGAAUGUCAAGAUCCUGUUCUCGAACAUUGAAGACAUCCUGGAAGUCCAUAAGGAUUUCUUGGCUGCCUUGGAGUAUUGUUUACAUCCGGAGCCUCAGUCUCAGCACGAACUUGGGAACGUUUUCUUAAAAUUCAAGGACAAGUUCUGCGUGUAUGAGGAGUAUUGCAGUAACCACGAGAAGGCCCUGCGCCUGCUGGUAGAGCUGAACAAGAUCCCCACUGUGCGUGCCUUCCUGCUGAGCUGCAUGCUUCUGGGAGGCCGGAAGACCACAGACAUCCCUUUGGAGGGCUACCUGCUGUCUCCGAUUCAGAGGAUCUGCAAGUACCCGCUCCUCCUCAAGGAGCUGGCCAAGAGGACCCCUGGCAAGCACCCAGACCACCCCGCGGUCCAGAGUGCCCUGCAGGCCAUGAAGACCGUUUGCUCCAACAUCAAUGAGACCAAACGGCAGAUGGAGAAGCUGGAGGCCCUGGAGCAGCUGCAGUCCCACAUCGAAGGCUGGGAGGGCUCCAACCUCACAGACAUCUGCACCCAGCUCCUCCUGCAAGGUACUUUGUUAAAAAUCUCCGCAGGCAACAUCCAGGAGAGGGCCUUCUUCCUUUUCGACAACCUCCUUGUCUACUGCAAGCGGAAAUCCAGGGUCACUGGGAGCAAGAAGUCCACCAAGAGGACCAAAUCCAUCAACGGCUCCCUGUACAUCUUCAGGGGUCGCAUCAACACUGAGGUCAUGGAGGUGGAGAAUGUGGAGGAUGGGACAGCGGAUUACCACAGCAAUGGCUACACUGUCACCAAUGGCUGGAAGAUCCACAACACAGCCAAGAACAAGUGGUUUGUCUGCAUGGCCAAGACGGCGGAGGAUAAGCAGAAGUGGCUGGACGCUAUCAUCCGUGAGCGGGAGCAGCGCGAGAGCCUGAAGCUGGGCAUGGAGCGCGAUGCCUACGUCAUGAUCUCGGAGAAGGGUGAGAAGCUCUACCACAUGAUGAUGAACAAGAAGGUGAACCUGAUCAAGGACCGCCGGAGAAAGCUCAGCACCAUCCCCAAGUGCUUCCUCGGCAAUGAGUUUGUUGCCUGGCUCCUGGAAAUUGGCGAAAUCAGCAAGACAGAAGAAGGAGUCAAUUUGGGCCAAGCCCUGCUGGAGAAUGGUAUCAUCCACCAUGUUUCUGACAAGCACCAGUUCAAGAAUGAGCAGGUGAUGUACCGCUUCCGCUACGACGAUGGCACCUACAAGGCCCGGAGUGAGCUGGAGGAUAUCAUGUCUAAGGGUGUGAGGCUUUACUGCCGUCUUCACAGCCUCUACACCCCAGUGAUCAAAGACCGCGAUUACCACCUGAAGACCUACAAGUCGGUGCUUCCUGGGAGCAAGCUGGUGGAUUGGCUGCUGGCUCAGGGAGACUGCCAGACCCGGGAGGAGGCGGUAGCUCUUGGCGUGGGCCUGUGUAACAACGGCUUCAUGCACCAUGUGCUGGAGAAGAGUGAGUUCAAGGAUGAGUCCCAGUACUUCCGCUUCCAUGCUGACGAGGAGAUGGAGGGGACCAGCAGCAAGAACAAACAGCUUCGCAAUGACUUCAAGCUGGUGGAGAACAUUCUGGCCAAGCGCCUGCUGAUUCUGCCCCAGGAGGAGGACUACGGCUUCGACAUCGAGGAGAAGAACAAGGCUGUGGUGGUGAAGUCUGUCCAGAGGGGCUCGCUGGCCGAGAUGGCCGGCCUGCUGGUGGGGAGGAAGAUUUACUCCAUCAAUGAGGACCUGGUGUUCCUGCGGCCCUUCUCGGAGGUGGAGUCCAUCCUCAACCAGUCCUUCUGCUCUCGCCGCCCAUUGCGUCUCUUGGUGGCCACCAAGGCCAAAGAGAUCAUCAAAGUCCCCGAUCAUCCAGAGGCACUGUGCUUCCAGAUCCGUGGAGCUGCCCCGCCUUACGUCUAUGCUGUGGGGAGAGGCUCGGAGGCUGUGGCUGCAGGGCUCUGUGCAGGUCAGUGCAUCCUGAAGGUCAGCGGCAAUAAUGUGAUGAAUGAUGGUGCCCUCGAGGUCCUAGAGCACUUCCAGGCAUUCCGGAAUCAGCGAGAAGAGGCCCUGGGCCUGUACCAAUGGAUUUACCGUACCUACGAGGAUGCCCAGGAGGCCCGAGUCAGUCAGGGGGUGCUGGAUGAGGACCCCAGUGGCGAGGGGGCCCAGGAGGAAGACCAGCCAGACUCAGCCUUCCCUCUGCUGUCCCUGGGCCCCCAGCUGAGCCUGCGUGAGGACAGCCCUGUGGUCAGCCUGACCGUGGACAAUAUGCAUCUGGAGCACGGUGUGGUGUAUGAGUACGUGAGCACAGCGGGUGUCAAGUGCCACGUGCUGGAGAAGAUUGUGGAGCCCCGUGGCUGCUUUGGCCUCACUGCCAAGAUCCUCGAGGCCUUUGCUGCCGAUGACAGUGUCUUCGUGCAGAACUGCGGGCGGCUCAUGGCCCUGAGCAGCGCCAUCAUGACCAUGCCCCAUUACGAGUUUCGCAACAUUUGCGACACCAAGCUGGAAAACAUCGGCCAGAGAAUUGCCUGCUAUCGGGAGUUUGCAGCCCAGCUGAAGAACAGGGUCAGCCCACCCUUCAAACAAGCACCCCUGGAGCCCCAUCCUCUCUGUGGCCUGGACUUCUGCCCCACCAACUGUCACGUCAACCUCAUGGAAGUGUCCUACCCGAAGACCACCCCCUCAGUUGGCAGGUCCUUCAGCAUCCGCUUCGGUCGCAAACCCUCCCUCAUUGGCCUUGAUCCAGAGCAAGGCCACCUGAACCCCAUGUCCUACACCCAGCACUGCAUUACCACCAUGGCAGCUCCAUCCUGGAAGUGCUUGCCUGCUGCAGAUGGGGACCCCCAAGGACAGGGUCUCAGCAAUAGUAGCUUUGGAUCAGCCAGUGGGGCUCUUGGCCAUGAAGACCGGGGCCUGAGCUUCCUGCUCAAGCAGGAAGACCGUGAGAUCCAGGAUGCCUACCUGCAACUCUUCACCAAAUUAGAUGUGGCCCUGAAGGAGAUGAAGCAAUAUGUCACCCAGAUCAACAGGCUGCUGUCCACCAUCACGGAGCCCACCUUGGGUGGCUUGUGUGACCCACCCUUGGCUGAGGAGGCCUCCUCCUCCCCGCUGGUCAGUGAAGAGAGCGAGAUGGACAGGACUGACCAUGGGGGCAUCAAGAAAGUGUGCUUCAAGGUGUCUGAGGAGGAUCAGGAGGACUCAGGCCAUGAUACCAUGAGCUAUCGUGAUUCCUACAGUGAGUGUAACAGUAAUCGAGACUCGGUCCUGUCCUACACCAGCGUGAGAAGUAACAGCUCCUACCUGGGCAGUGACGAGAUGGGAUCUGGGGACGAGCUGCCCUGUGACAUGCGGAUCCCGUCAGACAAGCAAGACAAGCUUCAUGGCUGCCUGGAGCAUCUCUUCAACCAGGUGGACUCCAUCAACGCACUUCUCAAGGGGCCAGUCAUGAGCAGGGCUUUUGAAGAGACCAAGCACUUCCCCAUGGACCACAGCUUACAGGAGUUCAAACAGAAAGAAGAGUGUACAAUCCGUGGCCGGAACUUGAUCCAGAUCAGCAUCCAGGAGGACCCCUGGAACCUCCCCAACUCCAUCAAGACCCUGGUGGACAACAUUCAGAGAUACGUGGAAGAUGGGAAGAACCAGCUGCUCCUAGCCUUGCUGAAAUGCACAGACACGGAGCUGCAGCUGCGCAGGGAUGCCAUCUUCUGCCAGGCCCUGGUGGCCGCAGUGUGCACCUUCUCCGAGCAGCUGCUGGCAGCCCUCAGCUACCGCUACAACAACAACGGCGAGUACGAGGAGAGCAGCCGCGAUGCCAGCCGCAAGUGGCUGGAGCAGGUGGCGGCUACGGGCGUCCUCCUGCACUGCCAGUCCCUGCUCACACCGGCCGCUGUGAAGGAGGAACGGACUAUGCUAGAGGACAUCUGGGUGACCCUGUCGGAGUUGGAUAAUGUCACCUUCUCCUUUAAGGAGCUGGAUGAGAACUAUGUGGCCAACACCAACGUCUUCUACCACAUUGAGGGCAGCCGGCAGGCGCUGAAGGUCAUCUUCUACCUCGACAGCUACCACUUCUCCAAGCUACCCUCCCGCCUGGAGAGCGGAGCUAGCCUGAGGCUGCACACCGUGCUUUUCACAAAAGCUCUGGAGAAUGUGGAGGGGCCACCUCCUCCAGGCAGCCAGGCGGCGGAGGAUUUACAGCAGGAGAUCAACGCUCAGUCCCUGGAGAAAGUGCAGCAGUAUUACCGCCAACUCAGAGCGUUUUACCUGGAACGGUCUAACCUGCCCACGGAUGCCAGCACCACAGCAGUGAAGAUAGACCAGCUGAUACGCCCAAUCAACGCCCUGGACGAGCUCUGCCGCCUCAUGAAGGCCUUUGUCUAUCCCAAACCUAGUGCUGGUGGGAGUUUGGGUGCCGGCCUCAUCCCCAUCUCCUCCGAGCUCUGCUACCGCCUGGGGGCUUGCCAGAUCACCAUGUGUGGUACGGGCAUGCAGAGGAGCACCCUGAGUGUGUCCUUGGAGCAGGCGGCCGUGCUGGCACGGAGCCAUGGACUGCUGCCCAAGUGCAUCAUGCAGGCCACGGACAUCAUGCGCAAGCAGGGUCCCAGGGUGGAGAUUCUGGCCAAAAACCUCCGGGUCAAGGAUCAGAUGCCCCAGGGUGCCCCACGCCUCUACCGCCUCUGCCAGCCGCCAGUGGAUGGAGACCUCUGAACACCAAGAUGCCCCCCGCUCAGCCGCGUCCUCUGGAGCUGGGAUUUGGGAGGACACAGUGGGGCCAAGCCAGCCUUCUUCAGAGAUGGCCCGAGGCCUCUGCUCCCACCUGUCCUGGGACCCGCCUGGCCUCUACCACCUCUCUCGAGGACAAGCCUCUACUCCACUCUUCAGCAAAGUGGCUGAUUGGCCCUGGGCCAGCACAUUCUCCAUACUUCUGCCAGAAGCCUGAAGGGUGCUGAGGACCCUCAGAGCUUAUGGGUGCAUCCAGGGCCUGGGCUCUGGCCUCUGCAUCCCCAGGACACAGGGAAAAGUCAUGGGGCGCCGCAGCAGCUGGGAGCCCACAGCCCCAACUCCCUCCAGUGGCUCAACCUGCACUUUUGAAAGCCCUGGUUUCCUUCUAAGUCCACAUUCCAGGCGACCACACGUGUCUCCUCCUCCUCCCCUUCCAGAUCCACCCUAACCCUGUACUAACCUGCUCGGUGGACUUGGAGAAGCUGGGUCUCUGCUAGGAAAGACGGAGGGACAGGGCACGACACCUUUUACCAAGAGGACACCGGAGAGCACACCAGCUUGCGACAUCACCACCACUUGAACUUGAGCCAUCAGCCCUGGGCACAAGAUUUGCUCCGGCUUUGUUUAUAUGGUGUGAAAUCUCUGGUUUAUUUUGGGAUAUUUUGUUGUUGGUGUUGUCAGGACCUUUCCCCCCCUCCAAAGAUGGGUGAUUAUAUAUUUGACAUUUUAAAUUUCAAAGAAAUGUAUGUUGUCUAACAGGGGACCAACAUAAGGUAGUAUUGACAACUUUUCCUAGCUCUACUAAAAAAGAAAGCAAAAAACAAAACAAAACUAAAUUAUUGAAAAUUCAAAAAAUGUCAGUAUUUCCUCUUUUUUAAUGUGAGGGUUGUAAGGUAUCACUUGCAGGCAUCGAUUAUGAUUCGUCUUCCCACCCACCCUCCAUUCUCCAGCAAUUGGUCAGUGUUAGAACUUUGCUGUCUUUGAAUGACUGGCUGCAAGGGUUUGAGAGGUGUCUGGGCCAGGGUUGGGGAGCUGAUGGGGGUUGAACCACCCACCUGAGAUGCCAUCCCACACGGGUAGGAGGGCCACUGGGAAACACAAGUGGUGGCUUCUGUAAUUUAUUUUUUUAAUGUUCACUUUUCAAAGCAGGGCAUUUGGGACUUCUCAGCCAGCCAGAGAGACAGGAAGCCACCCUGCCCACUUUCUGGGCAGAGGGGUCCACACAGGGACCCCCUCAACAGUUUGUUCCGCAGCUCCUGUGUGCCUGCAGGGAAAUGUCCCAGCGGAGGAGGAAACGAGAGGAUGACUCGUCACCCCUGGCUGGUGGGUGAGAUCCAGUGUGAGGCUCCUGCUGCACCUGACACCAGGGGACUUGAAGUCCCACCUGCAUCUUGGCCCCCUCCGCCCCCAGCAGCCACCUUCCCUUUCUUGCCACCAUGCACAGGAUUGCAGGAGGUGGCCUUGUCACUGUAUCUUGUCACAGAUACAACAGAGAAGAGAAGGGCCCCUGAGGGCCAGGGCGUCAUGCACUGGUUUACUUUAAAAUGUACAGAUUUUUCUCAUUUAAUUCUUGAUAGAUUUUUAUUAUUAUUAUUAAAAGUCAGUUUAUAAUACACUGAA